AUGGCCAGGAGUCGACUUCUUAUCUCCGUCAAAGAGCGUUGGCCUCUCUCGGGGGUCCGCUCUGUUAUUGAGACACAUUUGGAAGCACUCUGGCUCAAUUUCAAACUUCACGAGGAUUCGGCUCAAUGUGAAACUUUUACACGAGGACUCAGCAGUCCUCUCCCUUACCUCCUUACUCCCUCAACACUUGGAAGGGAUGAGAUGGAGGAUGCGGCAGUGCAGCAGACAACCCUUGAAUUGUUAAAAAUUUUGGCAACGAGUCACUUAGGGAACCUCUAUCGUGCCUUUGUACAACAACCUGGCUUCCUAGCCAUGUCAGCAGCCCUCUAG